GUCUCUUCUAAGGACAUGGAGGAUGUUAGCAAUAAAAUGAUUUCUCUCCGUAGCUCCGUCCCUUUUGCAUGGCUUUGAUCAGGUGCUUGGAGCCCCUCUCCCUCACUUUGCAGCCUUCUUUUGCUGAAAUUUAUUGCAGGGAAGAAAAGAUCAGAGCGAGUGUCUUCUCCGUCAGAGCCACGAUCCGACAAUUUAAAGGACGGGGAGGGGAGGGGAGAGGAGAGGAGAGGAGCGGCAAACCAUGGAGCCUUCCUCCGAUUUCUUCGCCUUCCUGGUCCGCGGCGUCGACGAGCUCCUUGGCGACGCGAGCUUUUCGUCGAGCGAUUUCAUGUCGCUGCAGUUCCUGCAGCGCGCGGCGGCGCUCCUCCGGGCGCUCCACUCCCGGCUGACCGGCCUGGUGAGGAAGCUCCACCUCCCCGUCGGGGAGAGGUGGCUAGACGAGUAUAUGGACGAAAGCUCCCGCCUUUGGGACGUCUGCCGCGUCAUCAAGCUCGGUGUGGCGGGGAUGGAGAACUACUGCUCCGCCGGAGCUGACAUGGUCGCGGCGGUCGAAAGGUGGCGGCGCGGCCCCACUGCUCAACUCGCUCGGCAGGCGAUGCGCGCGGUUUCGAUUUGCCGGCGAGAGGCGACGGGAUUGGAGGAGGAGAACAGAGCGCUAAUGGAGACGCGGAUUGAACUAUCAUCGUUAAAAUUGGAGGAAGCGUCGUGGGCGGAAUCGAGAUACGAUGCGUUCAACGGCUUCAGAAGCAUGCUUUGCGCGCUGAGGAACGCCGGCUCCCUCCUCCUCCUGAUCCUGCUAUGGGGCUCGGUGCACUACGGGCCCGAUUUGGCGGCGGCGUUGGCGGCUGCCGGCGAGGGCUACUCUCCGUUCUUCGCGUCGGAAACGUCGCUCUGCGUUGCGAGGCUGCGGCAGAGGAUGGUAGCGGAAGCGGGACGAGCAGCGCCGGGGAUCCGGAUGCGGGAAUUCAGGCGGGUGAGGGCGAGGACUGAGGAGCUGAGGGAAGAGCUGGAGAGUGCCGGGGCGUGGAGGUGUGACGCGGAGGCAGCCGCCGGCGGCGGGAGAGUGAAGGAGAUGGCGGAGGAGCUCAAGGGGUGGUUGGGAAUGCUGAGGAGCGGAAGUGAGAGCCUGGUCGGGGAAUUGGAUGACUUGCUGGAUGAGAUCGUGGAGGCAAGGAAGAAGCUGUCCUACCUUUGCAGCAGGAGAUGAAAAAGAUUCCAAGAAGGAAAAAGAAGCCGCCAUUGGAGAAGUUCCUGUUUCAUCUAGAAAUUGUGCAAAUUCAAUGCCGUAACAAGAGAUCGUUUGACAUUGAAAAGUCUUUGUUUGUCGCCAGAAAAGGUUGACUUUGUUUGAUGUGUUUAAUGUUCACUGUACUCCGAAAGAUUUGGUAGGCGAUCACGGUGAUCGCCGCAUUCAUUCUCUCAAUU